UUGGCACUGGUAAUUAUAGGCUACCGCAGGUGCGCAAAGAUAACGGAAGGCAAACUGGCGACUGCCAGACGGUGUUGACUAGGCUAUGUUGUCUGUUGUCACUUAGCCUAUAACUUUUUGAUUGAUAAUUUUAGGUGGUGUAAUACGUGAUUUUUCAACUGUUGUUUCUUAACAUAGUCGGUAUUUAUUUAAUCCGCAGGCAACGCGGUCGGUGUAAAUGACAGAUCUCUUCGUCCCGCCUGCUGUGGUUUGUAACCAUAGCAGAUUCUCUGAACACAGUUGAAUGUUUUUUAUGUGAAGGAGGGCUUCAACCAAGAUCAAUCACGCCCAUAGAAGAUUUUGGUUCUGUUGCUGCCAACGCAGUGGCAGUGAGCUCUUGAAACUCGGGAGAUAUUCCGUGCCAGUGGCACCGAGGCCGAUCUAAUGUAAAUACAUUUUACAUUUAGGAUAAAGGUAGGCAUUCAUCCAUGUGAAUGAUAAAAGUAUUAUGCCAUUGUAGGCUGAAUUGCACGGGCAGCAUCUAAACGCAGUACACGGAACUGCAGAGGUAGUUGGAAAAAAUGGAAAAAGAUUUUGCGAUGCCAUCUAGGGAUGCAGGGCCGAGUGGGAGCAUGGGAUUUGGGGAUGCAAACGCAGCCCUGGCCGAGGACUCGCUACCUUCCAAUCCGCCGGAGGAACGCGCUGUGUCAGUCUGGUGGUCCUUUGCAAAAUGCCUAGGUACGCUUCUGCCAGUAUACUUGGCUGGAUACUUCGGGUUCAGUAUCAGCAUAGUGGUCUUCGGUCUCAUGGUCUACAUGGGAUGGAAACACAGUCGGGACGCCAAAGUGAUGCGGCUCAAGUCGGCCAUGUACGUGUUGGACAACGAGAGGGAAUUCACCACAGCAAAGGUUUUCCGGAGCAAUCGGGAUUUGCCCCCAUGGGUUAACUUCCCAGAUGUGGAAAAGGUUGAGUGGCUGAACAAGAUCCUGCAGCAGGCCUGGCCCUUUGUGGGCCAGUACCUGGAGAAGCUGCUGGUGGACACCAUCGCUCCUGCCAUCAGGGCCUCCAACACCCACCUCCAGACCCUCAGCUUCACCAAGGUCAACCUGGGAGACAAGGCCAUGAAGGUGGUGGGGGUGAAGGCCCACACUGAGCAUGACAAGAAGCAGGUGCUGCUGGAUCUCUAUGUGAGCUAUGCAGGUGAUGUGGAAAUCAACGUGGAAAUCAAAAAGUACUUCUGCAAAGCCGGAGUUAAAGGAAUUCAGUUGCAUGGGAAGCUGCGUGUGAUCCUGGAGCCUCUGAUCGGGGACAUUCCUCUGGUUGGAGCCAUCACCAUGUUCUUCAUCCGCAGGCCUAAGCUGGAUAUCAACUGGACAGGGCUGACCAACCUGCUGGACAUCCCUGGACUGAAUGCCAUGUCGGACACUAUGAUAAUGGAUGCAAUAGCCGCCUUCCUGGUGCUCCCCAACCGACUCACUGUCCCCCUGGUGGCCGACCUGCACGUUGCUCAGCUGCGCUCGCCUCUCCCGCGGGGGGUGGUACGCAUCCACCUGUUGGAGGCAGAGGACCUGACGGCUAAGGACACGGUCAUCAAGGGGUUAAUCGAUGGCAAGUCUGACCCGUACGCCGUGCUGCGUGUGGGGACCCAGACCUUCACCUCUCACCACGUGGACAGCAACCUGAACCCACAGUGGAGGGAGAUGUUUGAGGUGAUUGUCCAUGAAGUGCCUGGUCAGGAAUUGGAGGUGGAGGUGUUUGACAAAGACCCAGACCAGGAUGACUUCCUGGGGAGGGUCAAGAUUGAUCUGGAUAUUGUGAAGCGAGCCAGGGUAGUAGAUGAUUGGUUCAAUCUGAAGGAUGUGCCGUCAGGCAGCGUUCACCUGCGUCUGGAGUGGCUCUCUCUGCUGCCCUCUGCUGAAAGACUCAGUGAGGUUAUCCAGAGGAACCGGAAUGUCUCCUGCAAAACUUCAGAUCCUCCCUCGGCAGCCAUCUUGGCUGUUUACCUGGACCGCGCCCAGGACCUGCCUAUGAAGAAGGGCAACAAGGACCCGAGUCCCAUGGUCCAGCUGUCCAUCCAGGACACAACCCGGGAGAGCAAGACAAGUUACGGUACUAACAACCCUGUGUGGGAGGAUGCCUUCACCUUCUUCAUCCAGGACCCCAGCAGACAGGACAUCGACAUUCAGGUGAAGGAUGACGACCGGGCCUUAUCUCUGGGCAGUCUGACCAUCCCUCUGGCCCGACUGCUGACCAGCCCCGACCUCACCAUGGACCAGUGGUUCCAGCUAAACAACUCUGGCCCCGCCAGCCGUAUCUACAUCAAGACCAUCCUCAGGGUGUUGUGGUUGAAUGAGGAGAUGUCUCCCACCACCCCAGUGUCUCCUCACCCCCCAAGCCCAGGGUCGGGACACGGAGCUGGGGGAAUCACGUCUGAGUUGUCCCCUGGUGGAGUGAGUGGGGCUCUUAAACCUGUACCGACACCACCCCAGCACACCACCCCAGACUCUGACUUUGGCACUGAGGGAGUGCUGCGCAUCCAUCUGGUGGAGGCCCACAACCUGAUAGCCAAGGACAACUUCAUGGGGGGCAUGGUGAAGGGGAAGAGUGACCCCUACGUCAAGAUCAGGGUGGGGGGCGUGGCCUUCCGCAGCCACACCAUCAAGGAGAACCUCAACCCUUACUGGAACGAACUGUACGAGGUGAUCCUCACCCAGCUGCCCGGUCAGGAGGUCCAGUUUGAGCUGUAUGACAAAGACCUGGACCAGGAUGACUUCCUGGGCAGGUUCAGGCUUAACCUCCGAGAUGUCAUAGGCUCACAAUUCACAGACCAGUGGUUCACCCUCAACGAUGUGAAGUCUGGACGGGUCCACCUGGUGCUGGAGUGGCUGCCCAGAGUCACAGACCUGCCCAGACUGGAACAGGUCCUACAGUUCCAGUCCCAGCAGUCUUACCAGAACAAAGUGUUGCCAUCGGCUGCUGUGCUGUUCAUCUACGUGGAGAGAGCCCACGGCCUGCCGUUGAAAAAGAGUGGAAAGGAGCCAAAAGUCGGAGCAGAGAUUGCUUUGAAGGGCAUUUCAUACCGAACCAAGGUGUGUGAGCGUUCUAUGUCCCCCCGCUGGGAUGAGGCCUUUCACUUCCUGGUUCGUGACCCCAGAGAUGAAAUCCUCACCAUCAAGCUCUCCCACAGCUGGGGCCAGCCCCUGGGGUCAGUGGCGCAGCCUCUCAGGGACGUUCUGGCAGAGCCGGACCUGGUGCUGGACCGCUGGCUCAGUCUGGACGGAGCCCUGCCAGAGAGCCAGAUACUUCUGAGGGCCUCCCUCAAGAUCUUGGACACCCAGCUGGCCGUGUGUCGCAAGGUCCCCGGGGACGAUGAUGUCACCGGAGUGACCGGCGAGGAGGGGGACGACAUCCCCAGACGGGAUCAGGCCAACCCCGACCUCCGACACAGGGCAGUGCCCUCACAUGCGGGUGGCGAGGGAGGUGGCGUAGCUGGCCAGGUGAAGCUGUCCAUUGGCUAUUCCAUUGAGGAGAGCAGGCUGUAUGUCACUGUUCACUCCUGCAGGGAUCUGCCAGCUUGCUCCAAGGACGGCUCCGACCCCUACGUGUCCUUCAUCCUCCUGCCUGACAAGAACAGGACCACCAAGAGGAAGACCACCAUCAGGAAGAGAGACCUCAACCCUGAGUUCAACGAGAGAUUUGAUUUUGACUUCUCACUGGAGGAGUCUCUCCAGAGAAGACUGGACCUGUCUGUGAAGAACAGUGUCUCCUUCAUGAGCAGAGAGAGGGAGCUCAUUGGCAAGGUGCUGGUAGAUUUGGACCAGAUAGACCUCAACAGUGGUGUCACCCAAUGGUACAACUUGACCCAGGAGAUCAACUAGACCAACUAGAAGGCAGAUCCCGGUUCUUUAGUGCAAGUUGCGUGUUACUGUCGCUUCUCUAUCAUGGGUUGUUAUCAUUUUUAUUCAGCUUUGUGCAAAGACACCAUCAGCGUCAAACAAUUAUCAUAUUAUAUAAAUAAUAUCACAGACCGUGGCAAAUCAAUUGAAUGUGUUCAUAAUCACAAUCAUUUUCGAUAUGUAAUGAAUCAGUGUCACCAGUGCACUGUGCAGGAUCCCUACACCAUAUGAUACUGUAUAUGAAUAGAAUUAUUUGGCUGAAUAGUUAUUUGAUACGGAUGCAACUGUAAAAUUUGUUUUAAAUGCACUUUAUUGUCUUAAUGUAAUUAUCUUCCCUCACAAAAGGCCUUGUGCUGUAUAUUUUGAUAUUUUAUAAUGUCUUAGUGGUAUUCAUGAAAAAAGAUUCUUCCUUUGUGUUACUUUGCCAGUACGUGUUUGUAUUGUUGCCUUCAUGUAAUGCUGUGCACAAUUUCUGAAAACAUCUAGAAUGUUUACGAUUAGUGUUCCAAAUGAAAGUGUUUUUUAUGUUUUAAACAAAUGUAUUUGAAGGUUAAGUUUAUAAUUCAGGUUUAAUAUUAGUAAUAAUGACCAAGACCCAAUUGCAGUUGUGGUGAGAAGAUUAUUGUGCAAAGUCUAAAUCACUGUGUUUUAUUUUAAAAAGUUUAUUAUGAAUAUUCUCAUUCCAUGGCAGCAAUGUGUUUGUGUGUGCUAGUAGACUAUUGCUAAAAACAAACUUGGUUCUGCUCUUGUCAUAAAAUGCCAAUAAAGUGAUAUUUCAGGUUGUUUCUUACAAACAACUUUUACAAAAGAUUACCAUGAACCAAACCUUUAGAUGUAGGCCGAGACACAUUUUCUCUGCGUUUUCUGCUGUCACUUCACUGCUAAAGCUUGAAAACCAAUCUUAAAAGUUAGGGUUAGUUAAACGUGAUAGAAUGAGUGAAGCUGCUGUGCUUUGUAUACAGUUGAUCAUGUAUCUGCUUUAAACUGAUGGAGUAAAUGUUAGCAUUUUCAAAA